CAUUUCUAAUACACAGCUAAUGAAUUCCCUCUUUCACUGGCUACUGACACUAAAGAACCGCCAUGAGUAUCCACAAAGCUGAAAGGGAAGGCGUUUGCAAACUCCAACCUAUUCGUCGUUCAACAGUGGCGCCCUAUGUUCACCCCCGAGUUCGUAAGCUCAAAGACAUUUCCCCUGUCACUCCUCACUUUCUGACCAGGGUUUCAUACAACACUCUUCUCGACUACAAGCUCAGAAUUCCCAAGGAAUUUACGAAGAAGUAUGGAAAAACUUUGUCGAAUCCAGUAGGUAUUAAGGUACCGAAUGGUACAAAAUGGAAAAUAUGGUUAACAAAAUAUGAUGGUGAUGUUUGGUCUGCCAAAGGCUGGCUGGAAUUUGCUCACUACUUCUCCUUAGAGAAUGGACAGACGUUGAUCUUUAGUUAUAAAGGGUGUUCUCAAUUUGAUGUGGUCAUAAUUGGUACUAAUGGAUUGGAGAUAGAUUACCCUCUCAUUAUUUCAAAUUUUAAUUCAACCCCUAUUAAGGAGACCGACAUCGAUGAUGCCUCUUCCUGUGUUAAAGCAAACGAGAAAUCGCCGCCACCAUUUCCUUGCGCUCAGAAAAGAAUGAAAAAAAACCUUAGAGCUGCUCCUACUCAAUGUGGUAGUCGUGAAAUAAAUCCAGAGAAUCCAAUGAACAGAGGAAAUCAGCCGCAUAGUUGUGAGUCAAAAGAAAUAGAAGUUGAGAGUCACAGGGCAAAACCUCAAGUUCGUGCAGUGCCGAAGCAGCGCCCCCUGAAUAAAGCUGAAAAGGACAAAGCUCUAUCUAGGACUAAAGAUUUCACUUCUCAAUAUCCACAUUUCAAGGUUGUCAUGCAAAGAGGGCAUCUUCAUAAUCGUUAUGAAUUUGUUUUUCCAAUAGAUUUUUGGUUUCAACAUCUCUAUAAAGUUGAUGGUGCUGCUACUCUUUAUGUUUCGGAUGGGAGGACUUGGACUGUAGAGCUUUAUGUCCGACUGAUUGGCUUAAGUGACAGAAAAAUUUAUUUCCUAAGAACAGGUUGGAGGGAAUUUGUUGAGGACAAUGAUCCAAAAAUCGGGGAUGUUUGUAUAUUUGAGCUCACUAAUAAAAACGAAAAAGAAAUCUCUUUCAAAGUUGCCAUUGACCGAGGUGGAGAUUAUCAAAACAGCCAACCAUCCCAAGCUGACAAGAAUACAGCUAAUCAAGACCAGCGGGAGAAAAGUCCGAGUGCAAUAUCUAAAACAGCAAGUUCGUCAUACAAGGAUGAAACCUGCAAUAUGCAGUCCCCGGUGGACCAUAUUGCAGAGGAAGGAGCGGCAUUGCUAAGGGGAAACCGAUGUUAGAGAAUAUGAUUUUAGCAAAAAAAAAAAAAAA